GGCGGGGCCGGGAAGCGAUCCUCCUGUGCGCGCGAGCCCGUGUUUGCGGUGCAGUGCCGGGCGCGGAGCGUGGGUUUUGGAGCCUGGUAGGCAGUAUAGGCAGAAGGCACCAUGCAGGGCGACAUCUAGAAUGUGACACUUGAGUCUCACGUUUGCAAGUGCAAGUAAAUUUAGGUCCGAAGUGUGGUGAACUGAAAACCGACGUGAACUGUCGAGAAAGAUAACUGAGGCCCGGACAGGAAGAGGAUUUGCCGAUCGGAUGCUUGCGAGAUUCUAGGACCGGACAGCGCGGUGGUCUCCAGUUGAGGAAGUUCAUCAGCCUUCUGAACAUGGAAACGGAGCAGAUCCGGACGAUGUGCUGCGCGUUCCUCGAGGCAACCCCCCGAUGUCAGGAACCGGCCGACUGCGCCCUCUGCCGCGGCUGCCGCGCGUGAGGUCCGUGUCGGCACCCCUCACCUACUCAGACCCGGCUCACCUGGCCGACUGGGACUGGAACCAGUGGGACGAGCGGCCCAUGCCCGAGGGCUCCGUGCCGCCCACCGCAUUCUCCUUCCGCCAGCGCGCCUCCGAGAAACAGCGUAAGCGCUCGAACGCGUUGGAUAUCGAGGCGGCGCAUAGUCUGGGCGGCCAGCGGAUCGCGGGGACUCGCACCACCAGCCGGGCGUCUGUCUGCAGCCGCAUCGAGGAGGUGCACAGGAGACUACACCCGGACGGAGACUACGACGACUUCCGGCGCGCGCCGCCCUCCCGUCAGCUGAGCAGCGAUCGGGAGGACGACUACGCGUACGCCUACGACUGCAUCGUGUCUCCAGCCGAGGUGAUUCUCUCCGAGAUGGAUGACGACCGGCCGGCAGACUACGGCUACGCCCGCUGCGGCGACCGAGAGAACAUCUACGAGGAGCUGGACGAGCUGGCGCGGCGGAUGCGCGGUGACCUGACCCCCGAGCCGCCGCCGACACCGCCGCCGCCGCGCUACUCGGGUGAGGUACACACAGAAGUGCAGCACGUGCAGCGAGUGCACAGCCAGGUGCUCGGAGAGCUCCGGCUGGACAUGGAGGCUAUGCUGAUGCCCAGUCAGCGCUGGCACCACCUGGACGUGCCGGUCGGGCCGACUGACGACCUGCUCAGUCCUGACUCGGGGUUCCACUCGGGCUCGGGCUCGGGCUCGACGGUCAUCUCCAACUAUGACACGCCGCUGGGGCCGCGCUCUGUGGUGGUGCCGCCGCCGCCGCGGCCGCCCCGGCUCCGCAGGUGCGAGUCGCUCGACCUGAAGGACGCCGUGUCGCGCCAGAAGGCUCGCGGAAGGGGCGGCGAGAAAAAACUCUGGAAACUCAGUUCUGUGAUAAGUGGCCUGCUGGGCAAGUACAGUCGGAGCAAACGGCGCCCCGCCAGCCCGACGUUUACGUGAUGUGUGUUGCACGGCCCGCGCACCGCUCAAGGCUGCACGUGUGUCUCACGUGUGUCGUACAUGUGUGCACGUGACGCCCUGACGUGCUCGGUCGACCCCCAACAACGCUGACCACAUGGACCCGCUCGCCCCCACUGACCAGUCGCCGACGUGCUGUGCCGAUUUUCCCACCGUGUCUCGGUGACCGGUAUCUGAACUAGGGGUUCUUGCCUCGGGAUGAAAUUGUCGAGCGAUGGGGAGGUGCCGAGCGCUCGAGACUCGCGCUCGAGGCCACGGCUCGACCCGCCGACUCGUCCGAACGGCAGACUCGUCGCGAGCGAGUCUGUCCGUUCCCCGCGCCCUCGCUAGUCCUAGUCACAUGCCCCUGCUCAAGCCCCUCCAGGCUCGUCUCUCGUGGUGGGAGGUGAGCGAGUGUGAGAGAGUGACCGACGGCGACCGUCUGCCGUCACAACGUCCAUGACAGCCCAGUGUCUUCGAUAUGGUGUGGUGCAGAUUAUAAAUACAGUAUUAUUUCUAA